CUGUAUUCUGGACUUCUCUCUCUCUGUACUCUUCUGCUCACAGUGUGUGUGUGUGUGUGUGUGUGUGUGUGUGUGUGUGUGUGUGUGUGUGUGUGUGUGUGUGUGUGUGUGUGUGUGUGUGUGUGUGUGUGUGUGUGUGUGUGUGUGUGUGUGUGUGUGUGUGUGUGUGUGUGUGUGUGUGGGAGUGAUGGUAGCUCAGGCGACAGUCUCUCUCUCUCUCUCUCGCGCGCUGGCUGGCUGAAGAGGCAGUCACCAUGGCCAAGUUCUCCCUUUGGACACUCCUGUCAGACUGUUAGAAAGAGCAGUUAGCCAGACCGCAAGGACACUCCUCUGAACCGAGCGACUAACUGACAAGCCUUCCCCAGGAUCAGAGGUCUUAGCCCGGAGAUACUCAGAGAAGCUCUCUCAAACCCUGGUGCAUGGGGAGGAUUUAUGUAACGGCUAUUUUGAACCAAUGCUAACCUAUACGUGACCUGUGACCCUGUCAGUUGAGUGGUCAGCGAGCCAGGAUAGGGGGGGACAGUAACCCUGUUGGGUUUCUCGUCUGACCCAUGGGACUUGAGGAACCUUCUAGAAAGCUGAUGACUCUGCUCACUGUGCUUGUGUUUUGGUGUUUGUGUGUGUGACUGUUGUUGUAUGUGCCAGUGUGUGUUUGUAAGACAGGGAAGUGAGUGGUUUGAUGUUGUUAUAACUGGGUCAGGUAGAGACAUGGUGACUCAUCAGUGUUCAGCUGUAAAGCCCUGCUUUGCCAGUAUUAGAUGAGAACAGAACACUGAGGACACUGUAGCCUAGAUACCUGGCUAACCUGUCUAUGUACUGACCAGUCUGACACUAGCCUAGAUACCUGGCAUACCUGUCUAUGUACUGACCAGUCUGACACUAGCCUAGAUACCUGGCAUACCUGUCUAUGUACUGACCAGUCUGACACUAGCCUAGAUAACUGGCAUACCUGUCUAUGUACUGACCAGUCUGACACUAGCCUAGAUACCUGGCUAACCUGUCUAUGUACUGACCAGUCUGACACUAGCCUAGAUAACUGGCAUACCUGUCUAUGUACUGACCAGUCUGACACUUGCCUAGAUACCUGGCUAACCUGUCUAUGUACUGACCAGUCUGACACUAGCCUAGAUACCUGGCAUACCUGUCUAUGUACUGACCAGUCUGACACUAGCCUAGAUACUUGGCAUACCUGUCUAUGUACUGACCAGUCUGACACUAGCCUAGAUACCUGGCAUACCUGUCUAUGUACUGACCAGUCUAACACUAGCCUAGAGAGCAACUUUAUUUUGGAUUUUGUUACUCACACACACUGUUCUUCUCAUUGUGUGUUAUGAAUGAGUAGUCCGUAAGGGCUGUGUCUGUUUUGCAGUGUUGUUGUUGUGAGAGGAAGUGAGCUGUCAGCUCAUUGGCCAGCAUGGCUUUGAUGGAAAGGUGGCAGAGUUCACUGGAGCAGCACUGACUCCCCGAGCCGGCCCCUUGCUUUACCCUUGCCAUUGGAAACAUGAUGAAGAGGAGGAAGGAGAGGCCAGGAGCUCCUGACCUGCAUAUCCAAAUCUGGCCGGCCGCUCAGCACCGCUGCCAUGGCAACAGCAGUCUCCUGCAGCACCUGCUCUCCCCCACCUCCCUCCCUCGCUCCAUCCACACCUCCUCCUCCCAGCCCUCCCUCCUCCUCCACUCCUCCUCUGCCCACGCUGAGGGCCCCCUGUCAGCCCCCGUCCACCAGGGGGGAAACCCUUUCCUCUGGAGCUGUCGGACCAGUAACAGGAAGAGCCUGAUUGUGACGUCCAGUACCUCUCCUACACUACCCAGACCACACUCACCACUACAUGGACACCCAGGGAGCAGCCCCCUGGACAGCCCCAGAAACUUCUCACCCAGCACGGCUGCACACUUCUCCUUCGUUCCAGCUCGCAGUCACGGGCACAGGGCUGACAGGACGGAUGGCAGACGCUGGUCUCUUGCCUCACUUCCCUCCUCUGGAUAUGGCACUAACACACCCAGCUCCACCGUCUCAUCAUCCUGUUCAUCCCAGGAGAAGCUGCACCAGCUGCCCUUCCAGCCCACGGCGGACGAGCUGCACUUCCUCACCAAGCACUUCAGCUCCGAGAGCAUCACAGACGAGGAUGAACGACACUCGCCCAUGCGCCCCCGCUCACGCAGCCUCAGCCCUGGUCGCUCACCCAUCUCUUUUGACCAUGAGGUCGUCAUGAUGAACCAUGUGUACAAGGAGCGCUUUCCCAAGGCCACGGCUCAAAUGGAGGACCGUCUGGCUGACUUCCUGUCGUCCUCGGCCCCUGACAAGGUGAUGCCCCUGGCCGACGGGGUCCUCAGCUUCAUCCACCACCAGGUCAUAGAGCUGUCCAGAGACUGCCUGGUUAAAAGCCGAGAGGGCUGCAUCACGUCACGCUACUUUUACGAACUGCAGGAGAACCUGGAGAAACUACUGCAAGAUGCUCACGAGCGCUCGGAGAGUGUGGAGGUUACCUUCGUCACCCAGCUGGUUAGGAAGCUGAUGAUGGUCAUCGCUCGUCCUGCACGCCUGUUAGAAUGUCUGGAGUUUGACCCAGAGGAGUUCUACCAUCUUUUGGAGGCCGCAGAGGGCCAUGCCAAGGAGGGCCAGGGCAUCAAGUCAGACAUCCCCCGCUACAUCAUCAGCCAGCUGGGUCUCACCAGAGAUCCUCUGGAGGAGAUGGCCCAGCUGAGCAGCUACGACAGUGGGAACCCAGACACACCAGAGACAGACGACGCUGUGGAUAGUCGAGGGGCCACCGUGCCUGUUGUAGCUCCCCCUAAAACCAAAGCCCCACGGGAGGAGGACUUUGAGAACAUCAAGCUCAUCAGCAACGGGGCCUAUGGUGCUGUGUUUCUGGUGCGCCACAAGGAGACCCGUCAGCGUUUUGCCAUGAAGAAGAUCAACAAGCAGAACCUCAUCCUGAGGAACCAGAUCCAACAGGCCUUCGUAGAGAGAGACAUCCUGACCUUCGCUGAGAACCCCUUCGUGGUCUCAAUGUUCUGCUCCUUCGAGACACGCAGACACCUCUGUAUGGUCAUGGAGUAUGUGGAGGGUGGUGACUGUGCCACCCUGCUGAAGAACAUCGGGGCGCUGCCCGUGGACAUGGCACGCAUGUACUUUGCUGAGACUGUACUGGCACUGGAGUACCUCCACAACUAUGGCAUCGUACACAGGGACCUGAAACCUGACAAUCUUCUGAUCACGUCGAUGGGCCACAUCAAGCUGACAGACUUUGGGCUGUCGAAGAUCGGUCUGAUGAGCCUCACCACCAACCUGUAUGAAGGACACAUAGAGAAAGAUACCAGGGAGUUCCUGGAUAAACAGGUGUGUGGUACACCAGAGUACAUCGCCCCAGAGGUGAUCCUCAGACAGGGCUAUGGGAAGCCAGUAGACUGGUGGGCCAUGGGGGUCAUCCUCUACGAAUUCCUGGUGGGCUGUGCCCCUUUCUUUGGAGACACACCUGAGGAGCUCUUUGGACAGGUCAUCAGUGAUGAGAUCAUAUGGCCAGAGGAGGAGGAGGCUCUUCCUAACGAUGCCCAGGACCUCAUCUCUAAACUCCUCAGACAGAACCCUCUGGAGAGGCUGGGCACAGGCAGUGCAUUUGAGGUGAAGCAGCAUCGGUUCUUCUAUAAUCUGGACUGGAACACUCUGCUGAGACAGAAGGCAGAGUUCAUCCCUCAGCUAGAGUCAGAGGACGACACCAGCUACUUUGACACCCGUUCAGACAGGUACCACCACUUGGACUCUGAAGAUGAAGACGACACCAACGAUGACGAACACGUAGAGAUACGUCAGUUCUCCUCCUGUUCGCCCCGCUUCAGCAAGGUGUACAGCAGUAUGGAGCGUCUAUCCCUCCAUGAGGAGAAGAGGACCCCCCCGCCCACCAAGCGUAGCCUCAGUGAGGAGGGAGGAGAACGCAUUGACAGCCUCAGUAGUCUCAAGUCCAGAGACCGCAACUGGCUGGUGGGGUCACCUGAGAUCCUGCGUAAGCGUCUGUCUGUCUCAGAGUCGUCCCACACGGAGAGCGACUCCAGCCCUCCCCUGACGGUGCGAAGACGCUGCUGCUCCGCCAUCAUCGAGAUGCCGCGCUUCGCCAUCUCCUCAGAGGAGGAAGCAGGGGUGGCCCCCAGCUAUAGGAGCCCCAGCCUGCUCAGCCAGACCCCCGGUGGAGUCAGGGGCCCCCGCAGCGAGGACUUGCCCCUCUCCAUCCCUGAGCUUCCCGUGGAGAGAGAGCUGAAACUGGACGAGUCCCCCACAACACCAGACUCUACAGCCAGCCAGCUCAGCAAAGCCACACUCACACCGGGCAGUUCAGGAGAUGUGUGGGAGCGUGGUUCAGGUGCAGACAGCUCUCCCUCUACCCCUAAGGCCAUCAGUGACCUGGCAGCUAGGAGGGCCCGUCACAGACUGUUGUCUGGAGACACAGACAGACACGCCCAGUCCAGACCACUCAACAAGGUCAUCAAGUCAGCCUCCGCUACCACUCUCUCACUCAUGAUUCCUGCUGACCACCACGGGGCCUCCCCAUUGGCCAGCCCCAUGUCACCCCACUCCUUCUCGUCCAAUCCCUCGUCCAGAGACUCCUCCCCCAGUAGAGACCUGUCCCCAGCUGUGGCCAACAUCAAACCCGCCAUCAUCAUCCACAAGGCGGGCAAGAAGUACGGCUUCACCCUGCGAGCCAUCAGGGUGUACAUGGGAGACACAGACAUCUACACAGUACAUCACAUGGUCUGGCAUGUAGAGGAGGGUGGUCCAGCCCAUGAUGCAGGGCUGAGAGAAGGAGACCUCAUCACUCAUGUGAAUGGAGAGGCUGUCCACGGCCUAGUGCACACUGAGGUGGUGGAACUCAUUCUCAAGAGCGGCGGUAAGGUGUCCAUCUCUGCCACGUCCUUUGAGAACACCUCCAUCAAGCUGGGCCCCGCCCGCAAGACCGGCUCCAAAUCUAAGAUGGCGCGUCGCAACAAGAAGACCAAGACCAAAGAUAGCAGCCAGGAAAGCAGUAGUAAGAAGAGGAACUCUCUGUUCAGGAAGAUCACUAAGCAGGCGUCUCUUCUCCACACCAGCCGUAGCCUGUCCUCUCUGACCCGCUCUCUGUCCUCUGGAGAGAGUGGACCUGGGUCCCCCACUCACAACCUGUCCCCUAGAUCACCUACACAGGGUUACCGGUCCACACCUGACUCUACACACUCUGUAGGGGGUAACUCAUCUCAGAGCAGCUCUCCCAGCUCCAGUGUUCCUAACUCCCCAGCCAGCUCCGGUCACAUCAGGCCCAGCUCCCUCCACGGCCUGGCCCCCAAGCUCCAGCGCCAGUAUCGCUCCCCUCGCCGCAAGUCAGCCGGCAACAUCCCUCUAUCCCCCCUGGCCCGCACCCCUUCCCCAACCCCACAGAGCACCUCCCCCCAGCGCUCUCCCUCCCCCCUGUCCAGCCACGGACUAGGCUCCACCUCAAUGGGUCAGAUCUUUCCAGUCAAGCUCCACUCUUCCCCCCCUCUGGUCAGGCAGAUCUCCAGGCCCAAGAGCGCUGAACACCCCCGCUCCCCACUGCUCAAGCGAGUCCAGUCUGCUGAGAAGUUAGCCUCCUCCCUCUCCUCCUCAUCGUCCUCCCCCUCUCCAUCAGGCGCCGGAGGCGACAAGAAGCUGCCUGUAACAGUGGCAGGGCGUAAACACAGCCUGGACAUCUCCCACGCUGAGUUUAAGAAGGAGAUGCUUCAGAGAGACCCCAGUCUGCAGAGUCUCCAGGAAUCAGCUGGGGAGAGAGAGAGCCUACUGCUGGGGUUGGGGCCUGGGAUAGGGGGCCGUGGGGGUCCCGUGGAGAAGGGCAGCCUGCAAAAACCCUCCUCCAGCAGGAAGCUAGGACGUCAGGAGGGGGACGGAGGGUCGACUGCCGGGUCCCUGGGGCUGGCUCCCGGGAAGAGCAAACUGAAGGACAAGCUGUCAGCCAUCAGACAGGACCGGGCUGAGAGAAGGGAGUCACUACAGAAGCAGGAUGCUAUCCACGAGGUGGACUCAUCAGAGGACGAGACAGACGAGGGUUCAGAGGACAGUCAGGACGGGAGGGGCAGGAACACCUGUACCUUUACCCCCCCACUGCUCCGCCCCACCUCCGUCAUGCCCAUCGCCCCCCGUACAGGACCCGGGGGCACCCUCCCCUCCCUCUGUCUGUCCCCCUCCUCCACCCUGCUGCCAAGCAGAGCCACCAUACCCUCCACACUCCACGAACACAAGCCCACUCAGAGUGGUCCUUCGCUGGGAGGGAAAGAAAGCGGCUCAGCCUCCUCGGAUGACUGUAGGCGGAGAGAUGGAAAGGCUCCAGACCCCAGCAGCAAGUUCACCCAGAGCCCCCUGUCCAGCACCUUCGCCACCCUCGGCAGUGCUUUCAUCUCCGUCAGCAAGGACACCUUCCUGAAGCCUGCUGCUUCAUCUCCACAUCAGGACUGGAGGAGCCCCAAGUUGCUUGAGCCCAGGGGGAAGAGCAGUAGUUUAUGGAGCGAGGAGAGAGACUCUGGCCUGGAGGCCCCCAGAUCCAGCCCCACUGGGUCCAUAGACGGCAGAGACCUAGUCCCCACACCCAUCUCCUCCCCAGGCAUCACCAAGGAGAAGAAGGAGGCUGACAACCGGAGACACGCUGCUGCUGCUGCCGCGGCGGCAGCCUACGCCGCCCCCAGCCCCCCAGCCUCUCCAGCCUCAGUGUCAAGGUCAGAUAGUGGGGUGGACAAGAUGGUGUCACAUCUAGCCAAUGUAGCUCAUAGCGUCCUGGGGCCCGUCAAACUAACCAUCCCCGGGGCCAAGGAGGCCUUUGAGAGAGCCAAGGACCAGAAUCAGAGACACUCCGACCCCCCUCACCCCAAGGCCACACCUGACUCCCCCCUUGCAGCCACCACCACUCCCCUCUCCCCCUCCACCUUCAGACACCCUGCCCCUCAGCCACCACCCCGCCUGUCCUCCCAGUCUCCUCCCAGGCAGCCCUCCUCCAAAACUGAGCCAGCCCCCCCUCCCCCUCCACAGAGGAGGCUCUCCCCUCCUAAAGACUGUACCCUGGCCCAGGGCACCCAGGACACCAUGGAGAGGCCGGUGGUGGAGACUGCACCAAGGAAGGUGCCCACCACCACACCCAACCAGACACCUACUGCAGCCUCAGAGCAGCGCAAUAGGCCAGACCCCCUGGCCUCACAGAGACCCCGUCCAGCCUCUGCAGUCUCCACCCCGCAGGACAAAACCAGCAGCAAGAAGACGUAGCAGAUAAGACACCCAUGAGAAUAGAGACUGCUUGAUGGAGAUCUGAAUCUUUAUCCACAGACAACUGCAUGUUUGGAAGAAAACAACAUUCUAAACUUUUUGCAACUCACUAAUCAUUAUCUGAGAGUAUAGCCAUCUAAUGGA